GGCCUUGCACGUGACCGACCUGAUUCAAUCUCCAGCAUCCCAUAUAGUCCUCUACCCUCGGCCUACCAGGAGUGAUUUCUGAGAGCAGAGCCAACAGUAACCCUGAACACCGCUGGUGAGACCCAAAAUCCAAAAGUAUAGUAAUAAUAGUAGUACUUAAUGAGGAAAUAUAAAUAUUAAGCAACCGAAAGUGCUUGAAAUUCAAUUACUUGUUGGCAGUUGUCCACAGAGAACUUAAAAAUUAGUCUAGUAGUCUGGGAAAAGUGUUUUUAUGUAUUUUUAUUAAUAAAAGUGUUUUUGUUAACUCUCCGCCAAUCGCUUGUGUAAUAGGCAACAGAUGUAUGUUAUUCUAAAUAACUUUUAGUCCAUUAUUUAUUGAUAUUUAUAAGACAUUGUCUAAGCCUAUCCUUUUAUAACAUCCAUAAAACAGGUUCUUCUGAAUUUAACAUCAAUGAGAGUAUGUAUGCUCCUAUUUUAAAAGUUUAUAGCAAGAAAAGGAACCCGGAUUACAAGAAAAUCUUAAUUCCAAGCUUAGAUUUUGAUUAGAUCUUUGUAUCAAUGCAAAGUUUCAACUAGUCGUCUCCAAGUUACCCUUUGCACAUAAUAUGUAUCAAGAAAAAUCAAUAGUUUAAAACAAUUUUAAAGUGUUUUUAAUCUUUCAAGUGAUUUUGUUUUAUAAAGCAAUGGGAAAUCCAGAAAACAUAGAAGAUGCAUAUGUUGCUGUUAUUCGCCCAAAGAACACUGCCAGCCUCAAUUCUCGGGAAUACAGAGCCAAGUCCUAUGAAAUUUUGUUGCAUGAAGUUCCCAUUGAAGGACAAAAAAAAAAGAGAAAGAAAGUUUUGUUGGAAACUAAACUUCAAAGCAACGGUGAAAUAACUCAAGGCAUAUUGGAUUAUGUAAUAGAAACCACCAAGCCCAUUUCUCCUGCAAACCAGGGUAUCAAAGGAAAACGAGUGUUACUAAUGAAGAAAUUUCCCCUGGAUGGAGAUAAGAUGGGGAGAGAAGCAUCAUUAUUUAUUGUUCCAUCAGUUGUCAAAGAUAAUACCAAAUAUACAUAUACUCCUGGAUGCCCAAUUUUUUAUUGUUUACAAGACAUUAUGCGAGUCUGUAGUGAAUCCAGCACACACUUCGCUACACUUACUGCAAGAAUGUUAAUAGCCUUGGAUAAGUGGUUAGAUGAACGCCAUGCACAAUCUCACUUUAUUCCAGCUUUAUUUAGACCUUCACCUUUGGAAAGGAUAAAAACUAAUGUCAUAAACCCUGCAUAUGCUACUGAAUCAGGUCAGACAGAAACUUCACUGCAUAUGGGCUAUAGUGCAGUAGAAAUAAAGAGUAAAAUGUUAGCCCUAGAGAAAGCAGAUACCUGUAUUUACAACCCUUUGUUUGGAUCAGAUCUUCAGUAUACAAACCGGGUAGAUAAAGUGGUAAUAAAUCCAUAUUUUGGUCUAGGAGCUCCAGACUACUCAAAAAUCCAAAUUCCCAAACAAGAAAAAUGGCAGAGAAGCAUGAGCAGCGUCACAGAAGACAAAGAACGACAAUGGGUAGACGAUUUUCCUCUCCAUCGAAGUGCCUGUGAAGGAGAUUCAGAAUUACUAAGCCGCCUUCUCAAUGAAAGAUUUUCUGUCAACCAGUUAGAUAGUGACCACUGGGCUCCCAUUCAUUAUGCAUGCUGGUAUGGGAAAGUUGAGGCUACUCGCAUAUUGUUAGAGAAAGGAAAGUGCAAUCCAAAUCUGUUAAAUGGACAGCUUAGUUCUCCUCUUCAUUUUGCUGCUGGAGGAGGACAUGCGGAAAUAGUACAAAUUCUCCUAAACCAUCCAGAAAUUGACAGACAUAUAACAGACCAGCAAGGAAGAUCCCCUUUAAAUAUCUGUGAAGAAAAUAAACAAAAUAAUUGGGAGGAAGCUGCAAAAUUAUUGAAGGAAGUCAUUAAUAAAUCAUAUGAAAAAGUUCGAAUAUACAGAAUGGAUGGGUCAUACCGUUCUGUUGAAUUAAAGCAUGGAAAUAAUACUACAGUGCAGCAAAUAAUGGAAGGAAUGCGUCUCUCUCAAGAAACACAGCAAUAUUUCACUAUUUGGAUCUGUUCAGAAAACCUUAGCCUUCAACUGAAGCCUUAUCAUAAACCCUUGCAACAUGUUCGUGAUUGGCCAGAAAUACUUAAUGAAUUGACUAAUUUGGAUCCUCAGAGAGAAACACCACAGCUUUUCCUAAGAAGAGAUGUGAGACUUCCUUUGGAAGUUGAAAAAAAGAUUGAAGACCCACUAGCUAUUCUUAUUCUUUUUGAUGAAGCCAGAUAUAAUUUACUGAAGGGCUUUUAUACAGCUCCUGAUGCUAAACUGAUAACAUUGGCAAGUCUAUUGUUGCAAAUAGUUUAUGGAAAUUAUGAAAGUAAAAAACACAAGCAAGGUUUCCUAAAUGAAGAAAAUCUAAAAUCCAUUGUUCCUAUUACCAAGUUGAAAAGUAAGGCACCUCAUUGGACUAACCGAAUACUUCAUGAAUACAAGAAUCUUAGUACAAGUGAAGGUAUCAGUAAAGAAAUGCAUCAUCUUCAGCGCAUGUUCUUACAGAAUUGUUGGGAAAUUCCUACAUAUGGAGCAGCUUUUUUCACAGGACAGAUAUUUACAAAGGCAAGCCCCAGCAAUCAUAAAGUCAUCCCUGUUUAUGUAGGGGUGAAUAUAAAAGGACUUCAUCUCCUCAACAUGGAAACAAAGGCUUUUCUCAUCAGUCUUAAAUAUGGUCGUUUCAUGUGGCAGUUGGGAGAUGCUGAUACUUGUUUUCAGAUUCAUAGUAUGGAAAAUAAAAUGAGCUUUAUAGUACACACAAAACAAGCUGGCCUUGUGGUUAAACUGUUAAUGAAGUUAAAUGGACAGUUAAUGCCCACUGAAAGAAAUGCCUGAGUGGAAAGAGCGGAUACUCAAGCUACCACACUUUAAUGUAUUUUUUUCCAUGAAAGAUAUCUUAAACUAUUACAUUUAACAAGGGGUUUAGUUUCUUAUAUAUAUUAUACAUGUAUACUGUUACAUUGUACAGAAUCUGUACUUAUAUUUGGUGUGUGAUAUACCAAUUAGUUUUAUAUAAUAUUCUCAUAAACUAUUCUAAUUUUUGCGAGAAACACAAAAAUGUAUAGCUCAAUAAUCUUUAA